AAAUAAGUUCUAUCGAUCACGACCGAAGACAUGACAGACGAAGUCACCAUACCUGUGCCCCCACCCCCUAAGGAUUGUGCAAGAACAGACGACAGAAGAUUAUGGGUUGGGAAUUUAGACAGUCGAUUAAGAGAGUGCUCUUUCUCCCCAAUUGGUAUCAACUCCUCAAAAUGGUGGAAAACUUUGGACCACUGGUGGAAUUCGACUUUCUUUAUCAUCGAUCGGGCCCUCAAGCUGGGCAGCCUCGUGGAUACGCCUUCGUAACGUUUAAAUCCCCUGAUUGUGCACAGGCAGCAAUGAACACCUUAGAUGGGAAGAAUGUCUUAGGUCGGAGAAUGGCGGUCAAAUGGGCACAUGCACAGGAUGAGAGUAUGUACGAGAGAACAAAGGAAAAACCUGCUCCACCCAUCCUUAGUGGAGGGAAAGGGGAAACCAGUCAAGUAAGCAAGAAGAGCAAGAUUGCUGCUCUUGAGGCCAAAUUAAAGUUACUGGAGGAGGACAGUCUGAAGGUAGACCUCAUGCCAGAUGUGGGGGCUGCGUCCUCGAGGCCAACAUCUGUCACGUAUGCCUUCAUAGAGCAGAAGCCCAGAGGACAGAAAGGUGCACCCAAGCAACACACUGCCAGUCAUCCCUACCACCGAUCGAAACCCACGAGAAAACACUGAACCGUGGCUCUGAGUGGCGGAAAAUCUAAUCAUCAUUGUAAUGCUUCCCCUUUUUGACAGAUGGAACAUUCGACACAUUAUCUGGCUUUUUCUAUUUUGGGCUAUUUUCACAUUCUCACCUCUUUACAUAUUUAUUCCAUGGUGUUGCCUUAAUGGCACUGAACUCUGUUGUACAUAUCAAAUCAUGCACUAUUCUCAUAACAUUCAAAUCAUUAUUUUAGGACAGUGUGCAAAUGUUUAUGCUAGUGACUGAUACCGAUGCAUGGUUGUUGGUUUGGUUGCUUAUUUAUUGUUAGAGUGAAGAGUGUAAGGAACACAUAUGAUAACAUAUACAAGCAGUCAUUGUUAGCCCUAAUAGUAACACCAGAAACUACUGGGAGUAUCCUUUGUAGGUAGGAAUUGCAGUUUACACAUAUAUUUCAUAAGAAAGGUAGAAGAUAUGUAUAUAAUUUGCUUUGAACUUACUGGCUUACUUUACAUUAAUGAAAUUUAAAUGUUCUUACUUUUUUAUUAUAGAGAGGCACAUGCAGGAUGCAGCAAAAAUGCACCAAAAGCAUUGUGUGUUUUAUUUAGAUUAUUUAUGGAAAAUAUACAAGAACGAUAUAGACUAGUGUCAGUAUUAAACAGAGAUGAAAGUUCCAGAUAGACAUAAUCCCAACAUAUUUAUUUCAGUUAUAUUCCUUUUAGCAUAUAGUUACACAAACAACCAUUUGUUAAAGCAGUAUCUUUUAAACAUCUUUGUUGCCUCAGAAUGAAAAUGCAGGUGCUUUGUUCUUACAUUUGAGGAAACACCUGUAAAUAUAUGUUGUCUAUCAAUAAACAGCUUAUUGUUUGAAAUGAGCUGACUGUAUGUGUGAUAUUUUAGUCUCAUGCACUAGCAGAAAAAAAUCAUAUGCUUGGAAAGGAAUUCCUUAUAUUUUUUCACAGAUACCUCAUAGUUCACAGGUUUUGCAAAAGUAGCUUUUCUAGGAAAAAAGCAUGAUAUGGUCAUUAGUCAGUGGUGUUUAGAUAUUAACCCUUAAAGGAUGAAGUACAGCAAUUACUGUUCUUAGAUGUGUUACACUGGGGGAAAUACAGCAAAAGUUGUCAUUACUAUAGAUAUGUAUUUUAUAAAUAUCCAAAUUAAUGUGAUUUGAGCUAAAAUGAUUGUGUAUGGAAGAGCAUUGUCCCCACUCAGUAUGCAUAUGGAAGCUCUGAACUUUGCUGUCUUUUAGGGGUUAAUUGAUGGGCAGGGAUAAUUCCUUUUCUCUAAAGAGCCACCUCUUACAUCACAGGGGGACUGUGAUAAAAAUGUGUAUACCCAAACAUUCUGCCUUGAGGCCAUCACUCUUUGGUGUGUAUAAUGACUAUUGCUGCAAGUUCUCUGAUUUUGUGAUACUGGAAAGCAUUUCUUCAUACAGUGAUAGUCUCAAUCAAACUUGAAGCACACUUAUGUUUGCUUCAUUUAAUAUGUUUUUUCUGCAAUCUCAGGCUUUGCAAGUGUACUUUUAAUGUAUAUUCACAAGGAUGCAAUGCAUUCUGAUCUUGUAACUCAUGCCUAGAAAGGUUAUUAAGGUGUAAUACCAAAGGGAGUGUUUAUUUACCUAAGAGCAAUUUCUCCAGUAUUAUUAAUGUGAGGUGUCCAUGCAAAUAACAUGGUUAGAAAAUGUCUCUCUGGAUGUUUGCUUUAAAACUACUGUGGUGAUGUCUGUGAAAAAGAUAAAUGCAUACAUCUGUGUUUACUGCUAAGACAGUAGUAUUAACAGUAUUUAUUAUUAAUUUACAUUCAACAAGGUGCACAUUUUAUGCGAGUGAAUUAUAGUUUUUUUUGUUGGACUCCAAAUACUUAACAAGAAUAUCUUUACUUUUUUUUUUUUUUUUUUUUUUUUUUUUUACAAUAAUGCUGUUACUAAAGGGUAACUUCCAAAAUUGAACUAAGGCUCACACUGUGUGAAGAUAAACCAUAUAUGAUAAACCUUUAUUGAAAUAAUACUGAAGUCAGGCGAUAACAUGAGUAUAAUUAAAUUAUAUGAGCAAAUGAUGAUAUAUUUUGUCAGUUACAUCAUGUGUUUUCCAAAUCACUAAGUGCUAAGAUUUUUGUUUAAUUGUACCAAGAUCAUGACAACUUUUUAGAAUAUAAAUGGCUUGAUGAAGUUAAAAUCUCUGAUGCCGGGAUUCCUUUCUUCCUUUAGGGUAUGUUAUGCCCUAAAUUACACUUCAUGAUGCCUUUUUAUGUACAGUUUUAUUGAUUGAUUUUAUUUUAUAUCAUUUUUAUACAAUUUUGUGAAUAACCAGGAAAUGUAGUAUUAGUAAGAAAAUAUGGAACAAAUAAUAUUCUUUUAAAUGUA